AUGGACUGCUGCAACUACGGGGAGUACCGCGGGCCGGGCCAGUACGCGCCCGCCUGGGACGGCUACGGCGGCUACGCACCGCUGCCCUACGCGCCCUACGCGCACGCCUACUACGCGCCGCACGCGCACGACCCCUACGCGCGAUACUAUCGCUAUGAUUAUCCCAGUCAUCACAUGCACCAUGAACAUGUCAUGCCUAUGGAUUACGGCGGGUACGCGUCGAAGGAGGCGCGCGUGCGACGCUCGCUGGCGCGGCGGGAACAGCGCGCGCACACCCCCGCUCAACACCUGCCUCUCCCACCCACGCCACCGCUAGAAUGUGGAAUGAACGGUCGGGGUCCCGCUUACUGCGAACCGCAGAUGUGGCCGCAUUAUCAGCAGAUGGGUGCUAUGGGUGGCGGUGGCUGGAGUGGCGCGAACGCAGCUAACGGGUGGGCCCCGCGCAAUGCGUGCUCGCGUGACCACAUGCGGUAUCCUCCUGAAUGUCGCCCGAUGAAGAGUGCUCAUUUGCAUAGUCAGAGUCAGGCUUGUCAACAAGAUGGGAGAUCCACGCCUUAUCCUGUUUAUGAAGAUACGCAUUACAAUGGAGAGGGCAGUGCAAGGCAAAGAAAUACCCCCGAAUUCACGCCGGCUGUAACACAGAGUGAAGCAAGCCGCGCUCCUCGUGAACGUUUUCCUGUCGAGCCCCGUCGCUCGCCUCCCGAAGAGAAGCGGGCGCCGCCAGUAGUUCCGCUGCCAGCUUUCCAACAAGCGUUUGGGUCCACAGAGAUUGGGAAAUUUGCCGAGGCAUUUAGUCGGACGGAGAUCGCAGUGGACGACACUCCCGCCGACAAUUUUAUGUACGAGUCGUUUCCCGAGUGGGAUGGAUCUGUUGAGCCUCAAUGGUCCUCCCAACCUGCGGCGCAACCCUCGUCGCGGGAAAUCAAAUGCGAAGACAACUUUUAA